AUGGCGCAGCUUCCUGCGUACAGAGAGACCACUCCCGCCGGUCUGGACAAGAAGAUUGCCAGCGGCGAAGAUGGCCACCUCUCUGACGAGCCGGGUUCCAUUCACAGCGGCGAGGACAUUCUCGGCAUGCAGGAUAUGGACCCGGCGCUGAAUCAGAAGAUGCAUCUUGUCAAUAACGCAAUUGACGAGAUUGGAUGGACUAAUUAUCACCUCAAACUUUUCUUCCUCAAUGGCUUUGGUUACUGCGUUGACUCCAUGAUUCUGCUCUUCCAGUCCGUCAUCUCGGGCCCCGCUUACAAGGAAUUUGGCUCACAUGGCUAUAAGAACGCCCUCACCAUCGCCGUCUACUCUGGCAUGUUUACAGGUGCCAUCUUUUGGGGUUUCAGUGCCGACGUGAUUGGUCGCAAAUACGCCUUUAACAUCUCCCUCUUCAUCUGCUCCGUUGCCUGCGUCGUCGCCGGCGCCAUGCCCAGCUGGGCUAGCCUCGCCUUCUUCAUCGCCCUGCUGGGCUUCGGCGGCGGAGGCAACCUGGUCAUGGACACGACCGUCUUCCUGGAGUACCUUCCCGGCAACAAGCAGUGGCUCGUCACCUUCAUGGCCGCCUGGUGGGGCAUUGGGCAGGCCAUCUGUGGCUUCAUCGCCUGGGGCUUCCUCGUUCCUGCGAAAUGGAACUGCCUCGAAGACGGCCCCUGCCGCAAGGCGGACAACUGGGGUUGGCGGUAUGCCAUGUUUACCGGCGGAGCGCUGGUAUUGACCAUGUCUGUCCUGCGCAUCUUUAUUAUCCGCCUCAAAGAAACGCCCAAGUACCUUUUGAGCUCCGGUGAAGAUGCGCUCUUGGUUAACAACAUUCAGGCUCUGGCGAAAAAGUACAACCGACCCUGCUCGCUCACACUGCAGAGGCUCGAGGCUUGCGGCUCCAUGCGAUCUUCUCACAGCAAGAGUAGAUUCUCUAUUGGCGAAACGCUUGUCCACUUCCGCGGCCUCUUUUGCAGCAAGAGGAUUGCCUUGUCGACUAGCCUGAUCUGGCUUUCCUGGAUGCUCAUCGGUCUUGCCUAUCCUCUGUUCUAUGUGUUCUUGCCAACCUACCUAAAGAAUCGAAGCGGCGAGUUUCAGCGGUCCACCUUUGAGACCUGGCGCAACUAUGCACUCACCAACGUUUGCGGCAUUCCCGGUCCUAUAAUUGCCGGCCUCAUGUGCAACACGCGCAUCUUCGGUCGCAAGUAUACCAUGGUUGUCGGAUCGCUGCUAACAAUGACCUUCUUCUUUGCCUAUACUGCCGUCAAGACGUCUGACCAGGACCUUGCCUUCUCUUGCAUCAUUGCCUGUGUCCUCAACAUCUACUACGGCACCCUAUAUGCUUAUACUCCAGAGGUUCUCCCAAGUGCGCACCGCGGUACCGGUAAUGGAGUCGCUGUUGCCCUCAACCGCAUCAUGGGUAUCAUUUCCGCGGUCAUUGGUACUGUGGCAGAUACGUCAACUUCAGCACCGCUAUAUGUUUGUGCUGGUAUAUUCAUCGUGACGGCGUCUAUCUCCGCCAUUUUCCCAUUUGAACCUUAUGGAAAGAGAAGCUCGUAG